CGUUGCAGAGCUUUCCAAACACAAUUCAAGGUUUUUGCUGUAGCCGUGUGGGUGGGCUUCCGUGUCCGUGGCAAGCAUGACGCCAGCUCGCGGAAUGGCGACAUCGGGUCGUCGCAGUAGUCCCGAGGUCUGAUUCGCCGAUGUCAUCGACAGCUUUGGCAUACUUCGAGCUCCAACACCACGCCUCCACUCCCUUCAGCACACACAAUGUUCAGGACAGCAGCGCGUCAAUUCGCGGCCUCAGCGCUUCUCCGCGCUGAGGCCGUCUCCUUUGAAGCCAACCACCAGACAGCAAUUGGUAUCUCCAAAUCUCAAGGCAUUGGACAGCGGGGCUUCCUUGACGCAAUCGGCAAGACACCCCUCAUCCGCCUCAAAAAGCUCUCGGAAGAAACCGGCUGCAACGUCCUGGGCAAAGCGGAAUUCCAAAACCCCGGCGGCAGCGUCAAAGACCGCGCCGCGCUCUUCGUCGUCGAACACGCCGAAAAGGCCGGCCUCCUCAAGCCCGGCGGUACCGUCAUCGAAGGCACGGCCGGCAACACGGGCAUCGGGCUGGCCCACGUCUGCCGCUCCAAAGGCUACAAGCUGGUCAUCUACAUGCCCAACACACAGUCCCAGGGAAAGAUCGACCUGCUCCGACUCCUGGGCGCGGAGGUCUACCCCGUGCCAGCGGUGGCGUUUGACAACCCGGAGAACUACAACCACCAAGCCAAGCGUCACGCCGAACGCUUGGACAACGCCGUCUGGACAAACCAGUUCGACAACGUAGCGAACAGACAAGCGCACAUCGAGACCACGGGGCCGGAGAUCUGGUACCAGACAGGCGGCAAGAUCGAUGCGUUUACCUGCGCAACCGGGACGGGCGGCUCGCUCGCUGGAACAACGCGGUACCUGAAAGAGAAGAGCGGUGGGCGCGUCAAGUCCUUUCUCGCUGACCCGCCGGGAAGCGUGCUGCACAGCUACAUCCAGUCCGGCGGCAAGCUGGCCGAGCGCAAGGGUGGCUCGAUCACCGAGGGCAUCGGGCAGGGGCGCGUGACAGACAACCUCAAGCCGGAUAUCGACCUCCUGGACGGUUCGUUGCACAUCAGCGACGAGAAGACGAUUGAGAUGGUGUACCGGUGCUUGGACGAGGAGGGGUUGUAUCUGGGCGCGAGUUCGUGUCUGAACGUCGUGGCUGCGAAGGAGGUUGCAGAGAAGCUGGGGAAGGGCAGCACAGUCGUAACGUUGCUCUGUGAUGGCGCGUACCGGUACGCCGACAGGCUCUUUUCGAAGAAGUGGCUGGAGGAGAAGAAGCUGUAUGGCGCGAUACCGGAGCCUCUGAGGAAGUACAUUGUGCUGCCGUAGAUGUAGAACUUGUAGAACUUGUAGAACUUGUAGAACUUGUGCAACACGACUAUGUUGCCAUCUACACGUCUACUCUGUACCCUCCCCUCAACUCCAACGCCUAUCUUCCACACCGGCUUCGUGAACUGAAGCUCAGAUCAUAGGCGACCCGCUCGCAAACCCAUUCACCAUCGCACUAAUCAACUGAUACG